UAUCAGAAACACAUCAAGUUCUAGCUUGGAACUUCACAUCCAUUGAAUUGCCAAACAAAUUCCUGGGGCCAGGAAACAACCCGGGUGUGAAAGUGGCUGUUCCAGUGAUUUCUGGGCUGUUGUUUCUUGCAAUAUUGGCUUUACCGUUUGUGCUUAGAGCUCUUAGAAUACGAAAAGAGAGGCUUGCAAGGAAAGUAGACACUGAAAUGAUGAUAGCAGCAGCAAAUGGACCACGGCUCUUCUCUUACAAGAAACUUUCGAAGGCAACUCGCAACUUCAGCAAAGACAACCUGUUGGGAAUUGGCGGUUUUGGCAGUGUUUACAAAGGGGUUAUGUCGAAACCCCCCACCACUAUUGCUGUCAAAAAAAUCAAUGCCACAUCCAAACAAGGUGAGAAGGAAUACUUGGCAGAAAUCUGCACUAUUAGCCGCCUAAGCCACAAAAGCUUACUACAACUCCAAGGUUGGUGCCAUGACCAUGACCAACUCCUACUGGUUUACGAAUAUAUGCCUAAUGGCAGCCUUGACCGCUUCAUCGGCAAGGACGACGCCUUCCUUGAUUGGGCAACCAGGUACAAGGUAUUACUGGGAUUAGCAUCAGCAUUAGUUUAUCUACAUGAAGAGUGUGGCAACCCUGUUGUACAUAGAGAUGUGAAGCCCAACAAUGUCAUGUUGGAUUCAGAGUACAAUGCACAUCUAGGUGACUUUGGCCUUGCCAGGCUACUUCAAAACGAAGCCUCAGUCACAACCAGAAUAGCAGGGACACCAGGGUAUUUGUCACCAGAGGUUAGCUUAAUGGGUAGGGUUACCCCAGAGUCUGAUGUUUACAGCUUUGGAAUGGUGGUUUUGGAAGUGGUUUGUGGGAAGAGAUCAAAAGGCAUCAUGGAUGCGAAGAGUUUAGUAGAUAGCGUAUGGACGUUAUACGAAAAGGGUGUCGAUGCAUUGCUCGAUUGUGUGGAUAGAUUGCUUGAAAGGAAAUUUGAUGAGGAAGUGAAGAGGAGUUUGGUUGUAGGGCUUGCUUGUUUGCAUCCAGAUUUAAUGCUCCGGCCUCAGAUGAGAAAGGUGAUUCAGGUUUUCCUGAACCCUAAUGAGCCUCUCCCAAAUUUGCCCGAAUCGCGGCCUAAUUUGGUAUGCUUGUCAUUUAGCUCUUUUUCAAUAACUUCAACUACAACUGAUUUAGGUAAUAGCAAAGUCGAUGGUGGAGGUUCUAUGAAGACUUUGCCAGAUGAGACCACAGUUCAAAAUGUAGGAGCAUAUGUUAGACUAAAUUUUAAAGCAUGUAUAAAAUGUAUAAAAUGCAUAGGAGGUUCUUGGGAAAUUGAUGUAUAAAAUGUAACCCUUUAUGCAGUAGAUUGAAUAUGGUAGAGUGCAACUACACGGGGAGAUUGAAAGUUUAAUUUCAAUUAUCUUAAGUUUUUGAA